ACCACCCACGAGCCCGCGUCGGUGCCCGCCCCGCAGGGGGACCUACUAUCCGGCGCCGAGCCGAAGGGGGAAAACGGCGCCCGCCGCCCGCCCGGAGCCCGCGAGCAGCCUCGGUCCCCCCUACCCGCGCGUGGCGGCGCCGGCUCCCUAGCCACCGCGGCCCCACCCUCUUCCGGCCUCAGCUGUCCGGUCCGCUUUGGCCUCCGCCUGUGGAUGCUGCGCCUUUCCGAACGCAACAUGAAGGUGCUCCUUGCCGCCGCCCUCAUCGCGGGGUCCGUCUUCUUCCUGCUGCUGCCGGGACCUUCCGCGGCCGAUGAGAAGAAGAAGGGGCCCAAAGUCACCGUCAAGGUGUAUUUUGACCUACGAAUUGGAGAUGAAGAUGUAGGCCGGGUGAUCUUUGGUCUCUUCGGAAAGACUGUUCCAAAAACAGUGGAUAAUUUUGUGGCCUUAGCUACAGGAGAGAAAGGAUUUGGCUACAAAAACAGCAAAUUCCAUCGUGUAAUCAAGGACUUCAUGAUCCAGGGCGGAGACUUCACCAGGGGAGAUGGCACAGGAGGAAAGAGCAUCUACGGUGAGCGCUUCCCCGAUGAGAACUUCAAACUGAAGCACUAUGGGCCUGGCUGGGUAAGCAUGGCCAACGCAGGCAAAGACACCAACGGCUCCCAGUUCUUCAUCACGACAGUCAAGACAGCCUGGCUAGAUGGCAAGCAUGUGGUGUUUGGCAAAGUUCUAGAGGGCAUGGAGGUGGUGCGGAAGGUGGAGAGCACCAAGACAGACAGCCGGGAUAAACCCCUGAAGGAUGUGAUCAUCGCAGACUGCGGCAAGAUUGAGGUGGAGAAGCCCUUUGCCAUCGCCAAGGAGUAGGGCACAGGGACCUCUUUCUUUGAGUGACCGUCUGUGCGGGCCCUGUAGUCCGCCACAGGGCUCUGAGCUGCACUGGCCCUGGUGCUGGCAUCUGGUGGAGCGGACCCACUCCCCUCACAUUCCACAGGCCCAUGGACUCAGUUUUGUAACAAACUCUUACCAACACUGACCAAUAAAAAAAAAAGUGGGUUUUCUUUUUUUUUAUAUA